GCCUGCUAUACAGACUGUCUCUUCCUCAUUGCUGCUGUUUCAUAAGUCCGGCACUGCAAAAUGGCUACUGGCCUCGAAGCAGCGGGUGUCGUUCUAGCCCUUCUGCACUGCUGGUACACCAGAUCGGCAGCUAUGUCCGAGGGUUCCAGAUGUUAAAUCACCUAAAAUCAGAGGUUUACCGGAGCUGGAUGGAACGCAACUACAUCGCCUUAGAAAAUGAAAGGGCAAUCUUGCUCAAUACACUGCUGGUCGCUGUGGACGGAAUCACUUACUAUGGAUUUGGUGAUCGGAGGAGGGAUCCCACUUUCAGAUUCUGGAAAAGCCCGGAGCUACAGUACCAGCUGAGGCGGAAGCUUGGAGAUACUUAUUAUGACCAAUUCACGAAAACAUUGAAAGUGCUAUUAGGCCUGCUAGAUACGCUAUCCGAGGAGUUGGGCUUGAUUGUUGACAGAACUGGCAGUGGAGUUGUAACCAACAUUAGCUCCCCCAGGAAGCUCGAAAAACAGCUCGAGAAAAUCCGCCAUCUCUCCCUACAUAAAGUUUACGAACGUCGGAUCAAACAGAUCGCGUAUUACAGCGGCCAUCUACAGACCUUCGUGGCGCAAUGCAAUCAGAUUCGGGAGAUAAAUGCAAGAAGGGCCGUAUCCCAAGAAACGCUACGGCAACACCAAAUAGACCGUCAAUUAGCAAGCAGCCUGCAUAAUGCGAUCAUUAACGGGAAUUAUUGGCCAUGUCUUUGCAAGCCUCAGCACAGAAUUUACUUUAUGUUUGACUUCUCGAACUCCCCAUGGACAUGUGACCCGUCAAACCUACCGGACUUUGAAUCUCAGACGAUUAAAUUGAAGAUGGAGGUCCUGACUUUGGAGAACCCUAAUCGCUGGCACGAAGUCGAGGCUAAACCAGAUAAUCAUAGUCUCCCGCAGGAACUGUGUCGUGAUAGCCAUACUACGUCAAGCCAGCAAGGGCUAUCAACUGAUGAAAACAUACCCAACAUCAGCUUCCCCCAAGGAGUUUCAGGUACCGAACAAGGAACCGUCAUUGGAGCCCAAGACCUGCCGGCUGCAGUUCAGAUCACCAAUAUGUGCGUUUCACUGUCAGCCGUCGGUAUCAACGAGAGCAAUGAGAUGCUUCUCGGGUACGUGACAGACACAAUGCACAGACAUGAUAUUUACCAUCUGGGAAGCAAUGCAGAGAGCGUACGGAACAUACAUUCAAAAUCUCUUGAAGAGCUAUUUGCAAUACUGUCCUCCUCGCCUUAUGAUAUUACUGCUCAAGAAACCUUUACGUUUCAAGAUCCUUAAAUCGCGGUAGAUCUUGCAUGUGCAGUUCUUCACUUUCACGGGAGCUGGCUCAAAAGAGAGUGGAGAGCUCGAGACAUCAUGGUUUUCAAAGAGCCACGCGUCUCAGAACAUGAACCCGCACUCAGACCCGUACCCGUACCCUAUGUUGAGUGGGACCUGAAUAAUGAGCCCAGUCAGG